AUGAAGACAUCCGUCCUUCUCGCUCUCCUUGCCAGCUGCUUGACUCUCAGCGCUUCCAUGCCCACUCCAAAGCACUUUGAAGCCGACCCCCUCCUUCACAUUGGAGGCAACGAGGAGUCCUCCUACAGUCCCGUGAAAGAAAAGAGACUCGAUUCCAUGGCUGGUCCUAUGCUUCAAAUCGACUCGAAGCAGGGAAAAAUAAAUUCCCAGCGCAAGCCUUGUCACGCGACGCCGUUUGCGCCCUCUCCCCUGAAUAAACCGAAUCGAAUCGCGCAAAGCUCAGGAACCAUGGUCAGACCGAGAGGUGAUAGCUCGCUUUCUGGUGUAGACACCAUUGAGACCCGGUCCAUUUUGUCAAUGCGCGAAUUGGACCCUUCGCCCGUGGACGACUAUCCCCCCGAUGUUGAGAAUGGAGAGUAUUUCCCCGAUUUGCACAAUACCGCAGCCACGCCGGAGAUCCGUUCAGUUGGCAUCUCGCGUUUGGGCUUGAAGGGGCACAAUUGGGAUUAUUGGUUGUCGGCGAUCCAACGAUACUCCACGUAUCCACCCACAGUAUUCUUCGCCUUACAUGCCGCCAAUACGUCUCUCAUCCCUCUUGUCUCGCGCUCCGUUCCAUCCAGUGAAGACUUUUUGCUGCUGACGCGGCCGAUCUACCAAUCACCUUCCCUCGAGCCGUUGAUGGUCGCGCUCCCAAUCUUCGCACAUAUCGUAUCUGGUAUCUCCCUGCGCAGCAUUCGGGCCCGCAGACGCGCUCGGCUCUAUGGCGCCGAGUCACACUCUCAAAGAUACAUGAUCAAGUCGUGGCCGAUGCCGAGCCUACAAGCCAAACUGGGAUAUGCCAUGGUGCCCCUGUUGGCCCUACACGUGGGCGUCAACCGGGCCGUGCCUCUCCAAGUCGAUGGCGGAAGCUCAAGCGUUGGCUUGGGCUACGUUGCCCAUGGGUUUGCGCGGAGUCCCUUUUUCUGGAAUCUGUUUUACUUCCUGUUUGUUGCAACCAGCGUCUGGCACCUCGUCGGCGGGUUGGCGACGUGGAUGGGUAUCCGCGUCACCACAGCGCGUACCGAAAGAGGCCAAUCGCACAAGACUGGGAUCCUGGGUGAGACGAGACAUGAACAGCAGAAGCAGAGAAAGAACAAGUGGCUUGUCCAUGGGAUUGCGGCCCUUGCUGCUGCGGUCUGGCUCGCCGGUGGCCUGGGAGUUGUAGGACGCGGGGGUAUUGGCUCUGGCUGGGAAGCCAAAAACUGGGACCAGCUUUACAAGAGCGUCCCAGUUGUUGGAGCGUGGUUGUAA